CUGCGAGUGCGCCUGCGUCCAGGUCCGGCGCCCGUGUUCUUGACUGUGCGGUGCGGAGCGCUGCGUGUAGCCAUGCAGGGCGCCGACUCCCAGAAGCCCCUCAAGCGGCCCCGGCUCGAUGGCAGCCCGAGAACCCCGCCAAACACCCCUCCCGCAGCGGCAGAGGCGGCCCCGAGCCCCAACCUCCACCCCAACCACCGGACCUGGGGCCCGGAGCAGGUGUGCGCCUUCCUAGGGCGCUGUGGCUUCAGCGAAUCGGGACUGCUGGGACGCUGCCGAGAGAAAAAAAUAACAGGUUCAAUACUGCCCUUUCUUGAUGAGUCUCUUCUUGAAGAUCUUGGAAUAAGUUCCCAUGAGAAGAGGAUGAAGCUGCUUAAUUAUAUUAAACGACUGGAUCAAACUCACGUUUAUACAAUGAAGGUGAUUAAUGAUCCUAUCCAUGGUCACAUUGAAUUUCACCCUCUCCUCAUCCGGAUCAUCGACACACCUCAGUUUCAGCGCCUGAGAUAUAUUAAGCAGUUGGGAAGCGGUUACUAUGUUUUUCCAGGAGCUUCACACAAUCGAUUUGAGCAUAGUCUAGGCGUGGGGUAUCUAGCAGGAUGUCUACUUCGUGAACUGAGCGAAAAACAACCAGAGUUGCAGAUAAGUGAACGAGAUAUGCUCUGUGUUCAGAUUGCUGGUCUUUGUCACGAUCUCGGUCAUGGGCCGUUUUCUCAUAUGUUUGAUGGGAGAUUUAUUCCACUUGCUCGCCCGGAAGUGAAAUGGACGCAUGAGCAGGGCUCAGUUAUGAUGUUUGAGCACCUAGUUAAUUCUAACGGCCUCAGAGAUGUCAUGGAACACUAUGGUCUCAUCCCUGAUGAAGAUAUUUGGUUUAUCAAGGAACAAAUUACAGGACCACUUGAAUCACCCAUCAAAGAUACUUCAAAGUGGCUAUAUAAAGGGCGUCCUAAAGAAAAAAACUUCCUUUAUGAGAUAGUGGCCAAUAAAAGAAAUGGCAUUGAUGUGGACAAAUGGGAUUAUUUUGCCAGGGACUGCCAUCAUCUUGGAAUCCAAAAUAAUUUUGAUUACAAGCGCUUUAUUAAGUUUGCCCGUGUCUGUGAGGUAGAUAAUACGAAGCAUAUUUGUACUAGAGAAAAGGAGGUUGGAAACCUGUAUGACAUGUUCCACACCCGCAACUCUUUGCAUCGCAGAGCUUAUCAACACAAAGUUGGUAACAUCAUUGAUACAAUGAUUACAGAUGCCUUCUUCAAAGCAGACCCUUACAUAGAGAUAACAGGUUCUGGAGGAAAAAAGUAUCAUAUUUCUACAGCAAUUGAUGACAUGGAAGCCUUCACUAAGCUGACAGAUAACAUUUUUCUGGAGAUUUUAUACUCUACUAAUCCCAAAUUGGAUGCUGCACGAGAGAUUUUAAAGAAAAUUGAAUGUCGUAAUCUCUACAAGUAUUUGGGUGAGACUCAGCCUAUAGCACAAAAGAUUAAAAAGGAAACCUAUGACAGACUUCCGCAAGGAGUCGCCGACGCUAAACCCCGGGACCUAGAGCUAGAAGCUGAACUGAAGGCUGAAGAUUUCGUAGUGGAUGUUAUCAACAUGGAUUACGGGAUGGGAGACAAGAACCCUAUUGAUUAUGUUCGCUUCUAUGGAAAGACUGACGUCAGCAAGGCAGUCAUGAUUACUAAAAAUCAGGUUUCACAGUUUUUGCCAGAGAAAUUUGCUGAGCAGCUGAUUCGAGUUUACUAUAAGAAGAUGGAUGAAAAGAGUCUGUCUGCUGCACGACAGCAUUUCGUCCAGUGGUGUUUAAUCAAUAACUUCACCAAGCCACAGGAUGGUGAUAUUGUAGCCCCACUUAUAACACCUCGAAAAUCGGAGUGGAGUAACACGGAUUCAGCCCAGCGUCCAGCUCACACCAAAGGCAGAGUCCAGCUUUUUCCAGAUAACUAGGUGUGAAUGUCUGCAAUCAGUUGUUUACACAAAGCCUCUACCCCCUCCCCCAACACAAUUAAUUUAGGGAAUUUGAUCACAGAGCUCUACAAAUUUAGUGACGACUAGUGGUUUUUAUUUUAUAUUUUGAAUGUACACACACGCUAAGUCAUUUUAUUCAGAGGAACAGGUAUUGGGCAAACCUUAUUACAUGAGCUAUGGAAAGCACUGCUUUGCCUAUUUUUAAUAUUAAUCAAAGCCUUUCUUCUUUAGCAGUCUAUUUUCUUAGAAUAACCACUCUUUUAUGUGCUUUGAACUCUUAAGACAUAUGAUUGUGUUCUUUUAAAUUCGGAAAUAGGAGAAAGGUACACACUGGAAUUUGCAGUCACAGUUGUCGUGAACAGCUGUAGUUAAAAGCAAAACGUAAAAUCCUAGCCCCCUGAGGAGGUGCCCAUCACCCCAAAUUUGAAGAGAGCUCUCCUUGAGUGAUUGCAACAUUAGUGAAAGGCACCUCCCCUCACCCUUUUCACCCCCUGUAAGCUGCCAGCUGGGGUCAACAGUAGAUCAGGGCCAGGAGGGGGCUCCAGCUCCUCCAUGAGAGGCCUGAUUGAUUUGUUGAAAAGAUCUGAGGGCUCUGGCCACCUCUGAAGUGGGACCUAAAACUGCCUUAUAGGAGACCCUCAGCACCAGUGGCAGAGGGAGCCCCCAAACCAGGCUGUUCUCUGGGUCAGCUGUGGCUCCAGCCCAUGUUGUUCCUUUCUCUCUGAGUGCUCACUGCCCAAGCCCUGAGGGGUCUACCAGUGCCCAGCCUGGAGAAGGCAGCUCCCCUCCCACCUGCCCUCCGCAUCUUGCUUGGGUGCUGAUCAGAGGUCAUUACAGGAACCUCCAUCCUCAGGGCUGCUCAGAGCUGGGACUUGGUUUUUGCCAAUUCAGUGCAUUUUAUGGGUUUCAGAGCAAAGACUGAGCUUGCCUGAGAUGAAGUGCAUCCCAGGUUCCCCUUUGUGUCUCUACCUCCAGCAGUGGCGUAGGCACCACUGUGGCUCUCCCCCCCAUAGACACAUCCCCAGUGCUGCAGAAAUUCCCUAAGAGCAACGUCUGGAGUUAGAGCCAAAGUUGGCGGCUGCCAGAUGCCAGGCAGUGGGGGAGUGUCAUCUUGGGCCCCUAGCAUCUUGUGCUUUGAUGCUCCCUUACAAAAGCCUCCCUGGCAGGCUGGGCCUGGGGAGCCAGCCCCGGCUCUGGGCAAGAGCAAGAGGGAAGGGGGAGGAACUCAGACCACAGGCCCACGGAUUAUCCACAGGGCCUUAGAGUGCUGCCACCUUCCACUGUGUAACCAGCUUCUCUUCUGUUGACACUAGGAAGACAUGUAUUUGGAAUGUCUGCCGUUCUGCACUAUUACCCCUCCCCAUCCCUUGGUAGGUGACCCUAACUCAUGGAGUAGUUAAAACCCUUCUCUCCCACCACAAUGCUGUGUGGUAGGGAUGUGGUCACACGUGGGCUCAUAGAAACACAGGGAAAGUGGUCUGUGGUACUGGGUCUUGUCCAUUGUAACCAAGAUGCCUCCAAAAUGUUCAGUGAGAAGAAUCAUCCGUCCCAGACUUCAUGUGCCUAGACCCAAGGUCAAGAAUGUACUGUUUCACUGCCAAGAUUGUUUUAUUUUUGCAACCCCCACCUUUAAAUCAUUGUUUCACUCUGCAAUUUUGUGGUCUCGGUGUUGUAUCCCUGUGCUCUCUGAGCAGCAACUUGUAUCUGUUUUGUUUGCAUCUUUUGUUAUGUACCAGGCAGCUGCACUUUACGCUCCUUGCAGCUGUUUAAUUUUGGAACCAUGUGCUAUUGACAAGGUUAAAGUUUUCUGGAAAAACAUCACUAUUUGUAUAAAAACGGAGACUUUAACAGCUUGGCCUCUAGAGUUACUGAGCAUUGUCACCUUGAAAAUGUAAAUAGAACUGCACGUUCAAGUGACUGGUUACUUCAUCUGGGUGAGGGAAACAGCUGCAAUAAAGCCUCAUGAAUGUAUCCCUGUCUUGAAAGCAACAGUGUCUUCCUUGAUGACUUUCUCUCACACUUGCGUGCCCGGUUUUGACCCUUUUGUGCCAAAGAACUGUGUUUUGUCUAGGAAUGUGCCCAGAUGUUUCUUUAUACCUCAACACUGUGUUGGGUCUUCGAGAAGGGAUGGUAUUAACAGGACCUGUGUUACUUGGUUUUCCUCAUUCAAUAAUGGCAAGUAAUGGCCUGAUAAAGACUCUUCUUCUGGCAGGAAGCAGGCACUAGUAUGGGGAGGAAUAUGGAUUUUUUGCUUUGUUUUGUUUUAGUUUUUCUGAGCUCCUGUCUUGCCAGAAAACAUAUCCUUCCUCCUUUUAACCUCCCUGAGGUUCCCACCUACAGAAUUUCAACUUCUUCACCCAAAUAUGCAUAUUGUUCAUUUGCUGCUUUCAUAUUUUCCUCGUGGAAUUAAAUAAGAGAUUUGCAAGCACCCAGCACACUGGUGGCAGACAGAAAGCCCUCAGUGUUCUGGGAAAAGAAGGAUGCUACUGGAGUCUUUAUUAAUUUCACUGGUUGAGUCCUGGUGUCUGUGGUUUGACAAUAUUCUUUAAGUUAAAAUAAUGUCCAAAACAUAUAGAGUCCCAUUUUGUAAGCUAUAUAUAUCUCCUUGGAAAAUUGUCUGGAAGGACAUACAU